AGACUCUCCCCCCUUCUUUUAUUUUCUAAUUCUAGGGUUCCUCUUGGAAACCCUUUUUCCCCCCUCAAUCGCCUAACUGUCUACAUCAAUGGCAAAGAAGAAAUCACCCGGGAAGAAGAAGCAAAAGGUAAAGGGAUUGAAUCAAAUUGAAAAUGCUCCAAACUUCAGUAAGCAGUCCAGGAAAGCUGAACCUAUGCCUUCCUCUUUUUCUUCCCCUGCUUCCCCAUCCGCUUCUGGUUCCUUACAAGAGUGCUCCUAUGAUAGAGAUGAAGCUUCCAGUGUAACCUUAACUAAUUUCAAUGAUAAACAGGAUGGAAAUAUAGUGGAUGACUCAAUUGCUUUCAGUGGCUCGUGUGAUAAAAGAUCAAGAUUUGUGUUAAAUUUCUAUGAAUUUCCGGCGUUAGAAGCUGAACCAAUUGCUCCAGAUACAGCUAGUGAUCCAUGCAGUGGUAGAGUGGUCCAUAGGAACGUUGUGGAACAAAAGAGUGAUGUGAAGAAGUUACAAGUUAGAGGAAGCACUGGUGUUUGCAUAACUCCAGGAAAUGCGGUAUGGGCCAAAACAGCUUGCCAAGUGUGGUGGCCUGCUCAAAUCAUUGAAAAAAGGUCCGUUUUAGUUGAUUCAACAAUCCAACAAACCGAGGAACAUGUUUUAGUAAAGUUUUAUGGAAAACAUGACAGUGCUUGGAUUAAUGCAGCAAGAGAUCUUUCAAUGCUUGAGGAUUGCUUUGAAGAAAGGAGCUGCAAUUUAAUGGAAAAUUUUCAAGAUGCUUUGAAACAAGCAAUAGUACAGAGGAAGAAACAUAUAAAAUCAUGUAGGCAGUUGCCUGGAAGCCCUGAUCCUUUCCCUCAAUCUGAUCGGCAAGACAAAAAAUCUGGUAAACAUGCUUCAUCAUUAUCAAGCAAAACUGGCAGUAAUUUAGUCGGACAAGUAGGUAAUAAGAAGGAAGGCAAGCCAAGAAUUCAUCUUAAUGGUGCUAGAUUUCCAUUGAAAUCUGGUGAAGGACCUCGGCGGCUAAAAAUUAUGCGGUAUCUUGGUCUCACAGCUCCGAUGGGAUCUCCCUUCUAAUCAAUCACUCAUUUAAAACUUGCUACAAAAUGUUGUAAAAAUGUCCAAUUUUUAGUUCAUAUUACUACGAUAUGAUUAUUUUUAUAUUUACGUUUAGUAGGUCCAUUAUUUGUUGUCAAUGAAUGUGUUUGAUAAUGCAUAGUAAAUUUUUACUAUUGAAGAAGAAAA